UUGUUGUAAAGCUGGAGCAGUCCUGCCACAGACUGCGUCUUCUUAGCUCGUGGGUAUUGUUGUAUCACAGGAGCAGAAAUAUAUAAAGAAAAAGGACAAUAACAAUAGUGAAACGGACAAAGGGGUGAGAGAAGGCGGCAGGCCAUUUUUUGCCAUUCGAAAUCAAUGCUGGUUUGAAAAGGUGUUGUUCUCCACUCGUGCAUGUUAAAAUCGGGGAGGAGUAUAUAGAUCGAGCCGUGGGUCGGCCGGACGUUUAGUUCUGCUGCAAACGGCACUGUCAAAAAGAAGACAUGAUUUUGAGACGGAGUUCAUUAUUCUGUGCUGCAUUUUCUAUAAAUGUCUUACUGCAGUGCAUAUGGAUUAAGGUGUCUGUGGGAUCAGGACACUUCGAGUUGCAAAUCAUAUCUAUGCAAAACGUGAAUGGCGAACUCCAGACUGGUUUGUGUUGCGAUGGGUCUCGUAACGCUGCGGAUCACAAGUGCACGAGGGACGAGUGUGAUACUUAUUUUAAAGUGUGUCUGAAGGAGUACCAGUUAAAGGUCUAUUCAGCGGGCCCCUGCAGUUUUGGAUCGGCGUCUACUUCCGUCGUCGGUGGGAAUAACUUUUCUUUGCGGAACCCGAGGAGUGACGAGUCGAGGAUUGUAUUGCCUUUUAGCUUUGCUUGGCCGAGGUCGUAUACACUGAUCGUGGAGGCCUUGGACUUCAACAACGACUCGUCCACGGGCAGUGUGGGAGGCGAGGUGAUCGAGAGAGCUGUCCUGUCGGGCAUGAUCAACCCUAGCCGCCAGUGGCAGAACGUGAAGCAUAAUGGGCCGGUGGCCCAGUUUGAAUACCAGAUCCGUGUGAAUUGCGACGAGCACUACUAUGGCUUCGGUUGCAACAAGUUCUGCCGUCCCCGGGACGACUUCUUUGGUCACUAUGAGUGCGACCACAACGGCAACAAAACCUGCCUGGAGGGCUGGUCCGGACCAGAAUGCAACACUGCUAUCUGCCGGCAGGGCUGUAGCACAAAACAUGGAUCCUGUAAAGUGCCAGGCGAUUGCAAGUGUCUGUAUGGAUGGCAGGGGGAGUACUGCGACAAGUGCAUCCCUCACCCUGGGUGUGUCUAUGGCACCUGUGUGGAACCAUGGCAGUGUCUGUGUGACACCAACUUCGGAGGCCAACUCUGUGACAAAGAUCUGAACUCCUGUGGCACACGCCAGCCUUGUCUGAAUGGGGGGACCUGCAGUAACACAGGGCCUGACAAGCACCACUGUGCCUGCCCUGAAGGCUACUCCGGGGUCAACUGUGAGAGAGCGGAGCAUGCCUGUUUGUCGGAGCCGUGCUUCAACGGGGGCAGCUGUGUGGAGACCAGCCAGGGCUUCGAGUGCCAGUGCGCCCUCGGCUGGAGUGGGCCCUACUGCACCAGCAAUGUGGAUGAAUGUUUCCCCAAUCCCUGCAGCCAUGGGGGCACUUGUCAGGACCAGGUCAACGGCUUCAAGUGCACCUGUCCAUCCCAGUGGACUGGCAAGACCUGCCUCAUCGACGCCAACGAGUGUGACAUGGAUCCUUGCGUCAACUCCAAUUCUUGCCGCAACCUGAUUGGUAGCUACUUCUGCGAGUGCCUUCCCGGUUGGAUGGGCCAGAACUGUGACACAAAUGUCAACAACUGCCAGGGCCAAUGUCAGAAUGGUGGAACCUGUAAGGACAUGGUGAACGGGUACAGAUGCACAUGUCCACCAAGCUUUGGUGGCGAGCACUGUGAGAAGGACAUCGACCAAUGUGCCAGUGGCCCCUGUUUGAACGGCGGUCGUUGCCAGGAUGACACAAAAGGCUUCCAUUGCCUAUGUCCAUCAGGUUUCUCUGGCCAACUAUGUCAGCUGGAUAUUGAUUACUGCAUGCCAAGCCUGUGUCAAAAUGGUGCCCAGUGUUUCAAUCUGGCAACAGAUUACUUCUGCAAAUGUCCCGAAGACUACGAGGGCAAGAACUGUUCCCGCCUUAAGGACCAUUGUCGCACCACCCCCUGCAAAGUGAUUGACAGCUGCACAGUUGCUGUGGCGUCCAACAGCACCCUUGGAGGGGUACGUCUCAUUUCAUCCAACGUGUGCGGUCCCCACGGGCGCUGCCGAAGCCAGGCUGGUGGCCAGUUCAGCUGCGAGUGCGAAGAAGGAUUCACAGGCGCCUACUGCCAUGAGAAUAUAAAUGACUGUGAGAGCGGGCCAUGUCAGAAUGGGGGAACAUGUAUCGACAAAGUCAACCUGUACCAGUGCAUCUGUGCGGAGGGCUGGGAGGGACCCAACUGUGAGAACAACAUUGAUGAUUGCAGCAGGAGCCCCUGCCACAACCGUGGCACGUGCCGAGACUUGGUGAAUGACUUCUACUGCGAGUGUCAGAACGGGUGGAAGGGAAAAACCUGCCACUCAAGGCAAAGUCAGUGUGACGAGGCGACGUGUAACAACGGCGGAACAUGCUACGACGAAGGGGAUGCCUUCAAAUGCAUGUGUGCAGCUGGAUGGGAGGGGGCCACCUGUAAUAUAGCGAAGAACAGCAGCUGCCUACCCAGUCCCUGUGAAAACGGGGGCACCUGCGUGGUCAAAAGAGACUCCUUCACUUGUGUCUGCAAGGAGGGGUGGGAGGGCUUAACCUGCAAGCAAAAUUCCAACGACUGCCAUCCCCACCCUUGCUACAACAGUGGGACCUGUGUGGACGGGGACAACUGGUACCGGUGCGAAUGCGCUCCUGGAUUUGCCGGGCCCGACUGCAGGAUUAACAUCAAUGAGUGCCAGUCUUCACCCUGCGCUUACGGCUCUACAUGCGUAGACAAGAUCAACGCUUACCGUUGCCUGUGUCCACCCGGCAGAACCGGACACAGGUGCCAAGAAGUCACUGGGAGACCCUGUGUUGUCAAUGGAUUGGUGGCUGCUGAUGGGACUAAGUGGGAUGAUGAAUGCAACACCUGCCAGUGCAACAAUGGGAAGGUGUCUUGUACAAAGAUCUGGUGCGGCCCCAAGCCAUGUAGACUCCAUGGUAAAAUCCGCGGAGGCGAUUGCUCGUCCGGCCAGUCCUGCGUGCCCAUCCGUGAUGAGCGUUGCUUCAUCAAGCCCUGCCCUAACCAGGGGGAGUGCUGGUCACCCUCUCAUCAUUUCCCAGUUCGUGCCAAGUGCCGACCUGAUGGCAACUGUGCCAACGUCACAUUUACCUUCAACAAGGACCUAAUGCCACAAGGCGUUACCGUGGAGCACAUCUGCAACGAGCUGAGGAGCCUGUACGUGGUGAGGAACGUCUCGUCAGAGUACUCUGUCUCCAUGACCUGUGAGCCGGCACUCACCGCCAAUAACGAGAUUCAUGUCACCAUCUCAACAGAAGAUCCAAGGAGAGGCAAGUCGCCCAUCAAGGAGAUCACCGACAAGAUCAUUGAUUUGGUCAGCAAGAGAAACGGCAACAACACUAUCAUCACGUCCAUCGCUGAGGUCCGCGUCCAGAGGAGACAACGCCACAUUCCCAGCGAUUACCUGGUGCCUCUUCUGGUUUCCCUGAUUAUUGUUAUAUGGGUUCUGGUCGUGGCUUCUGCAUUGCUAUGGUGCCUCAAGCGGCGGCGGAAGCAGAGCACCCACACGGGGGUCAACACCCAGGCCAUGCCAGUGACCGCCGAGGACAACAAUGCCGUCAACAAUGUCCGAGAGCAGCUCAACCAGAUCAAGAACCCCAUAGAGAAAAACCCCUCUGGCAGCCUGCCUCCAGGCAAAGACCAACACCACCACCCACACUUCUUUGAGGACAAGAACUCGGUCAACGCCAAGAUUCAGACGAACAACUCCGAUGCCGGGACGCAUUCAGAAGAUGAGGAGUCGGAGAAAAGGCUUCAGAAGGCAAGGUUUCCCAGGCAGCCAGCGUACACACUUGUGGACCGAGAGGACAGAAGCCUGCAACACACAUCUGGAAAAAAAAACAACUGGACAAACAAAAAGGACAACAGGGAUUUGGAGUCAGCACAGAGCUUAAACCGAUUGGAGUACAUCGUAUAGCGUAAAGCUGUCUUAUUAGAUGGUUUCACUGUCUCUAGACAGUCGAUACAGAGGACAGUCCAUAGUUCAUACGGUUAUGUUUUUGAAUUAAAAAUAUUUUUUUAUCUUUCCCUGGUUAAUUUAUGUUUUGACAAGCAAAAUAUGCUUACACUAGCAAAAAACUAUUGGCUGUGGUUGGCUGGAUUUCCAGGUGCUGCAGGUUCACGUCUGAAUCAAAUCUAGUUCUGAGGCAUUGCUUUGUGUAAAGGGACAAAGCAAUGUAGGUUAACAAGCAAUUCUACGUUGUUCUGAAAGCUAAUAAUUUGUUUUUGUCUCAAUAAUAUUAUGCAAGCAAUAUCUAUGUAGGAUCCUAGCUUGGAACUAGUUUUGUAUUUUGAAAGGCUUGUGCAGUGCCAUACUACAGCAAAUAUCAAAAAGAAAAUAUUUAUUACAAUUAAAUGUUUUGUUUUGGGGCAGGUUGAGUCUGUCAGCAGUUUCUGCCAAUAUGAAGAAUUUAAGUGUCAAUGUAGAUAUGUACAUAUCUUUAAUUAAUCAUUGUGUAUAUUUGGUUUAUUAACUUAAUAAUAAAGAGCCUUAAAAUAUCAUUCCUUUUAUUUAUAUUCAUUGUUUUGAUUUGAAGGUUUGACGGCUUUGUAAGCUUCCAACAUCCUUUUUUGUGGAUUGAAAUAUUGUUUCAGUAUGUUUCAGAAAUGCCAAAAGUGUUCUUGAAAGAAUAGUUUAUUUUUUAACAAUAGGAUGGGCAUUUUUGUGCCUGAAAAAAAACAUUUUGUACAUUUAGUUUGUUGUUGGAUACCAUAUUAUGUUAAAUGUGCCAGGAUGUUUAUUGUAAGUACUUAAAUAUAAAUGGGAGCAAGGUGACAGAUGACAUAAUAAUAGAAUGAUGUUGCUGCUGCAGGGUUCUUAUAAGUAAAAAAGGAGCAGACACAUUGCUUGCCACUCCCUAAAAAUAAUUUAAGGGAACAAGCAAGUCGGCAUGUACAGUGUGAGUACACAACAAAGUGUAAAGUAUGGGACUCAUAAAUGUCCUUGAAUCCUUCAAAGACAAAUCCAAAAACCUUAUUUUGAUGUAUUUGUAAUUACUAUUUGCAUUUAUUAGCGUAAUGGAGAUACAUUUGAAUAAAGUUAAUACUUGAAGGAGAGUCGUCCAAUAAGAACACUGUAAAACUGUCAUGUGACACAUUGCCUUCAAUUCAUUGGAGAUCAAGAGGCUGUGAAGAUGUUUUAUUUCAGUAGUUUGCCCUUUUUAGGAUCUUUCAUAAUGGAGGAUAAAUCAAAACAAAUUGUACAUUUGAUUUUAGCAUUUCAGAACUUAAGAAUAAAGUAUUUUGUUUUGAGGA